GAGCUGCAUGCAAAAUACAUAAACUAGGCUUAAUUAGUACUUUAUAGUUGAAUUACUGUGACCUUAGAUCUAUUAAACUGCACUGCUGAAAACACGUACAUAUACUACAAGGAUGGGAAAAGUAAGCCUAUUCACUCUGGAUGGCUGUCCUGUGUGCAAGAAAGCAAUUGAUCUCUUUUCUGCCAAAAAUGUCGAUGUUGAAAUUGUAUCUCUAACAAAAUCUCCUGAGUGGAAACAAGUACUCUUUCUUAUGACUGGAGGUAUUCAGACGGUUCCCCAAGUGUUCUUAAAUGACAAAUGUAUUGGAGGGUUUCAGCAGCUAGAGGAACUAGACAAGCAAGGGAAACUGGAUGCAAUGAUAAAAGAGUGCUUGGCGAGUGUGGACUCCCCCUUGGUGCUAAGGACGCCACUAGUCACCGAUUUCAUUGAGGUAGUUCCCAAGGUGUUGCGUGAAAAGUGGCAAAAAGAGUUGUACUCUGAGCUGGAUUCAAAGUUAGGUGGCACUGCAGAGAGACCCAUCACUGGCAUUUUGAUCCUUUUGGACACUCCUGGCCCAGAUAUGGUUGUUGUCUGCAGUAUAGGUGAGAUUGCCGUAUCGUUUCCACCUGGUUCAAGUGGACCAAAGGGAAAGGAUGGCACUGAAGAAAAGUUUUAUUGCCAGGUUGCUAUUGAAAAAAAAACUACCUUGUUCCUGGACGGGCCCUCCACCUUUCUGGAAGGCAUGAAGGAAAACUAUGACCACGUUCAGCUUGGGUUGAGUUGGUACCUAGGAGCACCAUGGCAAGUCAGGGACAUAAAAGGUACUGUUGCCAUAUUGGAGAAGGAAGCUGGUAUUCUAAAGCCUGAGCACCAGCAAGUUGUGGAGGCUUUUAGAGACAAUCUUGUCAAGGACUUCAAUGCGUAUUUGGGUGACUCUGCUGAGAAAUAAAGAGUAAAGUUAGUCAAUAGCAAACUACGGUACGUGUAACCUUUUAUUCUUAUUGUUUAGUGGUAUAAUUGUAUACAUUUGUACAUAAUCGAUUUUCUUAUAACACAACUUAUAAGCAUUGAUGUUUUUCUGAGUACAUGUAGAUACUUUGGAUGUAAUUAUCAUGUCAUAAUUAUAGUUAUGUGA